GAGAAGCCAUCAAUAAUGGGGAAGUCUUCACGCGAUAAACGUGAUAUUUACUAUAGAUUAGCUAAAGAAGAGGGUUGGAGAGCACGUAGUGCCUAUAAGCUGCUACAAAUUGAUGAUGAGUAUGGAAUCUUUUCUCCUGGUAAGUGUAUGGUGGUUUAGAUUUAUGGGCAAAAUGAAAUAUACCACUCGAGUUAUACUAAAUUUUUUUUAUAGAAGUCCACUGAUUGAUAGACAAACUGAUUGAAGUCAUAGAAGAAUCCGUUAUGAUUAUUCUUAUGAAGAGAUAGUGUGAAUGCUGGCAUUAUUCACAUGUGAACCUCAUUAAACAACCUAAGGGAUAACUUUUAAGUGGCUCUAACACGACUGUUUUGUGAAUAGCUGUUCCGACUUUCUUAAGGUUAGUCCACGUGUUUCAAACUACACUAUAAGAAAGGAGAAUUAUUGGAGCUAAGAUUAUGUGCUUAUUUUACUCGUAACCUAUUUCAACUCUGCUGUUGUCUGGGAAAGGCUGUUCCCACCACACUUUGAAUAGGGCCAGUAAUCAGGAUUUUCUUCUUGGACCUGAAAUUCACUCCUUUCCUUUAGCCCACUUUCCGGCGGAUUUGUCUAUUAGCAAAAUGAAAAGAAACAAGUGAUGUAGGGAAUAUAACUCAAUUGUUUCGUUAUAGUAAACAAACUUAACCACUGCGACAAAGUAGAUGCAACGAUGUCCAAUCAUUAAUGGCAAUGUAAACUAAAAAUGCUCCUUUAGAACGAGUGGUUGAUUUGUGUGCUGCACCUGGUAGCUGGUCACAAGUAUUAUCAAAACGUUUAUGGGAAUCGAAAUCCCCAAAGGAUCAAAAAUCUGUGAAAAUCGUUGCCGUGGAUCUACAGGCUAUGGCCCCAAUACCAGGAGUUAUUCAAAUUCAAGGCGAUAUUACUAGUCAGGAUACGGCUCAACAGAUUAUAAAAUAUUUUGACGGCAAGUUGGCUCAACUUGUUGUUUGUGAUGGUGCUCCAGAUGUGACAGGUCUACAUGAUUUGGAUGAAUAUGUUCAGUCGCAUCUUAUCUUAGCUGCUAUAACUAUCUGUUCAAGAGUUCUUGAGCUUGGUGGUACAUUUGUUGCUAAGGUUUUUCGUGGACGAGAUUCUGGUUUACUAGGUUCCCAACUCCGACUUUUGUUUUCGGGUGAAGUUAGUUUUGCAAAACCAAGAGCUAGUCGGAACUCUAGUUUAGAGUCCUUUGUUGUAUGUCGUGGAUUUAUGGGUCCUCGUUUACGGACAGAUUUGAAACCAUCCACAUCUUUUGAGAAUCAUUCAAGCAACGAUAAUUUGCUAUUAUUAUGGUACGACAAGGAUAACUUUGAAGACGUUAAUUCUUCUCAACAAGCUCUAUUACCAUUCAUGGCGUGUGGAGAUUUAAGAGGUUUUGACCCAGAUGUCACUUAUACUUUAGACCCUGAUCAUGUAGUCAAGCCACCAGUACAAGUUCCUGUAGAUCCUGCUUAUUCCGAAGUUUGCCGAUUCAGUCGCUUAAAUCAAUCAAAUACUUCAAAAUUUCAAUCUUUGGAAAAGAAUAAUGAAAUUGAUAAUAAUGAUGAUAUUUCUAGAUUUACAGAACUUAUGGAAAAGUUGUCUUUCGAUCCAAGAGAAGAUCAUUUAUGAUGUUUGAUUUUUAUGGACAAAACUAUUUUAUUCUAUAAACAAAUAAAUAUAUUACAUUU